CUGCUCUCUUUUCAAAUAUCCGGUUCACACAAUUGCAGUGGCUGAGACAAAAUGGCGCCUCGUAAGGCAAAAGUUCAAAAGGAAGAAGUCCAAGUGCAGCUCGGCCCCCAGGUGCGCGACGGUGAGAUCGUCUUUGGCGUCGCUCACAUUUAUGCUAGCUUUAACGACACGUUCGUGCACGUUACCGACUUGUCUGGCCGUGAGACAAUCACCCGUGUCACCGGCGGCAUGAAAGUCAAAGCCGAUCGUGACGAAGCAUCGCCCUACGCGGCAAUGUUGGCAGCUCAGGAUGUCGCUGAGAAAUGCAAAUUACUCGGCAUUACAGCUCUGCACAUCAAAUUGCGUGCAACUGGCGGCAACAAGACCAAAACGCCUGGGCCCGGUGCUCAAUCUGCGCUGCGCGCUCUGGCACGUUCUUCCAUGAAAAUCGGUCGCAUCGAGGAUGUGACACCCAUCCCGUCAGACUCAACGCGCAGGAAGGGUGGCCGUCGCGGUCGCCGUCUGUAAGGCAGCGGUCAGCUGUUCGUGCCGUGGAUGCUGGAACUCUCAGUCGAUAUCGAGAUGAAU